ACAUCGUUCGACGAGCCCAGCUCGCGAAUUGAAAAGAGAGUUAGUAUCUCCCUUUUUGUUCACUGUCCACUGGAGCUCGUCGGAAUCUGGUGAAGCUUGGCUUGUGGUGGAGAAUCGUUGUCGUUAGCUCGUUUUCCAGUUCGCUGCUCCCAUAAAGAGAUUGUUUAAGUUGAUAUGCUUGUUGACACAAGCCCAGCAAACCAAUCCACUGGCUUUGGUAGACCCAUUUAGAGUCCACAGUAGGCCCAGAUUGUUCUAUCCUUUCUAUUAUCACUCUUCAUCAGCGAUAACCAUCAUUGGCUGCCGGAGCUUCCCUUCGAUUUCGUUCCUUUCUCUCUUAUCCAGUGGCUCUAUAUCAUCUUGUGACAGAUGAUUUUAGGCCGAUUAUGGGAACUGUGAAUUUCAUCUGGAAUUUAACUAAGAAUUAUUUCACCUUUGGGCUCAUAGGCCUUACCGUCUCUGAUCGUUAUGCUAGUAUUGUUCCUGUUGGUGGCAUUUCAAUGUCUCCUACAUUUAAUCCACAUGAUGACAGUUCCAUGAGAGCCUUGACUCGUGACUUUGUUGUAGUGGAGAAGCUUUGCCUAGAAAAAUACAAGUUCUCCCUCGGCGAUGUGGUUGUCUUCAGCUCUCCAACUAAUCAUAAAGAGAAAAAUAUAAAGAGAAUAACAGCCUUACCUGGUGACUUGGUCAGUACCCCUCAUUAUGAUGCAGUAGUGAUCCCUGAAGGACAUUGUUGGGUUGAAGGCGACAAUCAGGCUUGGAGCUUGGACUCAAGAUCCUUUGGCCCUAUCCCUCUUGGUUUGGUUCGUGGAAGGGUUACCCAUGUUGUGUGGCCUCCUCACCGGGUUGGUAAAGUUGAAAGAAUGACACCAAAGAGCCUAACACCUUUCUAAUUGUAUUUUGAGUAUAUGUUAGAAUUCAAUUUGAUUGAUUUCAAUUGUAUUAUAGCCUGCAUAAUCAUUGUUCUUUAUA